GGAGGACCAUGGAGGACUCGGAUUCUGACUCCGAGCAAACUGUUAAGGAACUGGCCAACAAUACACCAAAACCCGCAGCUCAGCAAGAUGUUGAUUAUAAUUCCGCCGCACAGUGCACGGAGUCUGCACCAGCUGCAAACAGCUUAUCCAAGAUGAAAUCAAAGCACUAAUUCAAUUACAAAAUGAAAAUGGUGUCAAACAUUGUACAGCCAGAUUACCAUCUCCUUCAAAGAACAUGGGUGACUUGACUGGAUCUGAUAUUGUCAAUGGCCAUCAUAUAGAGGAGUUGGAAUAUAACUUGGAAUCCGAUGUGCAUUCUGACAGCAGCAAAGCAAAGGAACAUCUGAUAGCUAGCAACCAAUGUAAUGAUGAAGGGAGAAAAUUUCAAGACAACAUGGAAUUGACCUGUGCAAAUGGGACAUUUUUAGCACAUGAACAAAAUAAUUUCCAAGCCUUGAUGCAGUAAAUGAGGCAAGAUUGAACACUACAAACAAUAUACAGGAAAUGAAGGAAAAGGAUUUAAUUCAAUUCCAGCAUAACCAAUCCAGUCUUCCUCAUCGGAAAGAAAAUAGACAAGAAACCAUUCAUUUUGCCACUAGGAUAAACACUCUUUCACACUUAAAUUUUUAAGCAAACCAAUUCAAGACUUGAAGAUCAAUCAGGAAGGAAAUAGCAAUAAAUCUGAUUUGGAAAUUAAAACUGUGACUGACAGUCAGCUUGGCAAACAGAAUAAGACCAAUGGUUUUACAUCUUGGGCACAAAAGGUUAAACAGAAAAACUGGAAAUCAAAAUCUGGAAACAGAGCCAUGUGUGAAAUAAUACAGCCACAAGGAGCUGGGCAGCCACAGACUGAAACACCAGAAGAUGUUCAUUUGACAUCUGCAGGUUCCUCUCCCAACAGCUCUUUCUACCUCAGCAGACCUUCCAGCAGUCCAAAUUCUUUGGUAUCUAACGUUUCAGGACUAUCUUAUUGGAAGAUGGAUGAGGGGGAGCUGUACCACUCAUUACCGAAGAACAAGGAGACUGAUUUUGCUGAUGUGUUCUCUCCCUCGAAAACCAUCAAAACAUUCCAUCUUCCAGCAGGUUCCCGGUGUGAGAUCCCUUCACUGAAGGAGAUUUAUUGUAUGAAGCAGAAGGACAAAAAAAGUCUAUCUGGCUGGGGUUCGUGUUCACCUCCACUCUUUCAAUCUCCUCCACAGGUUUUAACACUUGAUCCCACUCUUCACAUGAAGCAACCUGUAGCAUUUUCUCCACAUAAUCAUUGUAGUACCUCAGCAGUGGUUUCAGAAUGUGAUACUCAGUCUUCAAUUAGCCCAGACUCUCUAGUGGGUGUAACCGCACAAAGCUAUUGCCCUCCUAAUUCAGAUUUGUGUGUACGUACUACUCUGGAAUCAGAAUUGACAGAUACUUCCAGAUGUGCUGUACGGAAAAGCUCAUCACCUUCUCAAAACUGGAAUCUCCAUUCUGGUUCUCAGUCUUCCGCUGCUACCCAAGGUCAACACUUGAUAAGCUUGAAACAAACAAGGAAUGCAAGUUCAUUACAAGGGCAAGACAGCAGUUCUACAUUAACUCCAUCAUCUGUGCCUUGCAUUGAGUUGAGUGCAAAUAAUGUAAAUGGAUCAUUGGACCAUAAUGUUUCUGCAUCAUCUCUUGAGGAUCCCAUUAUGUUAUCUAUUGCUCGCCUAAACUUGCGUGAGAAGCAUGCACGGCAUGUGGCUGACAUUAGAGCUUACUAUGAGGCAGAAAUCAGCAGCCUUAAGGAAAAACUGGACACUUUAAAUUCACCUUCCGCAAUAAUUGAAGCAGAGAAGCAUAACCAGAAUCUUUCAAAAAGAUGUGAACAAUUAGAAGGAGCAUUAACUGAAGCUGCCAAACGAAUUCGGGACCUUGAGAACAAGAACUGCUUGAUGGAAAUGCAGUUGGCUGACUGGCCUGGACGUUAUGAUGCUGUUAGUACUGCAGCUAAGGCUUUACAACAGCGCCUUGAUGAAAUGCGAAAAGAUAGCAAGGACAAAGAUAACAUGAUCAACAAACUUAAUAGCAGGCUCAAAGACCUAGAAGAAGCUUUUGAAAAAGCAUACAAACAUUCAGAUAACAAAGAUGCCAGAAGGAAACAAGAACACAAAAUACUGCAGGAUCUGCUUACAGAAUACGAGUCACUGGGAAAAGAACAUGAACGAGUCAAGGAGGCUUUAAAUACCACAGAAGAUAAACUGUAUGAUGCAAAUUCUCAGAUUUCUGAGCUGAAAAGAGUUGUAUCAAAACUGGAGGCUCAGAUUAGACAAGCAGACCAUGAGAGAAACUACAUGAAGGUCCGGGCUGGUGCAGAUAGCUGUUUACGUACGACAAACACCAGCCUUUUCCACCAUCACGAUCCAUAUCAUUCUCCUGUAAAAUCUCCUUCUACUGAUGUGGCAAGACGGAAGUGGCUGACUCCAGGUUCUGAUUAUUCCAUCUUCACAGGACGACCUUUGGAGAGUAGCUACAGUGUUUCUGGCAGUGGAUUUGAGGAAACUCACUUGCAGCCCAGAAGAUACCAUUCUCCACCAGAGAAAGAUCACACAUGCAGUCAGCAAGAUUCUUCAAAUGGCUUGGAGGAGCCAAAUCCUCCCAUUCUGAGAGCAUUGAAACAACUUGAUGCCAGAAAAGUUUCUGAAAACUGGGGAGUACAAGCACCAUUACAUGAUGUUUCUGGAGCAGGAGAUGGUACAAAAGAAAUCUUGAAACGCACACAGACCUUGGGAUUUGUGGACUCCAGCUGCAGUAGAGGCCAAUCAAUGGACUCGUAUAAGGAUCGAACUAGAUCAAAAGGCAACAGUUCUCCCUCAGGCCAAAGAUCAUCAUCUGUACCCCCUUCAAGUAGGAAGUCAACACCCACUUCUACUCCGACCAAACGAAAUACUUUGCUAACAUCAUUGUCUGCUAAGUCAAGUCCCAAGCGCUGUCCUAAAGAAAACCUAUCCCCUGGAUUUAAUCACCUCCUUGGCAAAGAAGAAAACACAGUGACAAGGUUUGAUGUCAACUUGGAUGAAGUCGACUUUGCAGAUUCAGACCUCUCCUGCAGUUCAAGCCCAAGAAAGAGACUUCAGUUCUUUCCACUGGAAAAUACAGAACCAAGGCAAAAUUCAAGGUAUCACGUUGACAAGUUUCAACAUGCAUUGCACACCGAUUCUGUACUAAAUGCAGUUAAGCUAGGGUCUAUCACUAGUCGACCAGCCUGGGAAGACAAGACAACAACUUCUCAAAAAGAGAAAAAAAGUCCCCCGUUACAAACUCCCUAUGAGACUGAGCUGACAUUUAAAGCAAGGAUGGAGGCUUUGGGAGAAACAGAGAAACUCUUUGAUGCGCUUACACAAGAAAAGCAACAGAUUGAAGCUGCAUUAAGUCGCAUACCUGGUUCAACAGGUAGAAUGACUUUACAAGCAAGAGUGGAAAAGGAAGCUUUAGAAGAUCGAUUGGAAAAGAUCAAUCGUGAUCUAGGGUCAGUCCGAAUGACGCUGAAGCGAUUUCAUGUGUUACGAACCUCUGCAAAUUUGUGAACUGUUUUCAACUUUUGUUUGACCAGAUCUUUACUUGCACUAAAAUUACAUAGUUAUGCACAGUUAUCACUAACAGAAGGCGGGUUUAUUUUGGAUCAUUUUAUGACUAAAUGAUGGCCUUAUAAUGUACAUCCAUGUAUUAGAGGUCACACUGUUGUGUAUAUAAAGUAAGACAUUUUGUGCCUUUUUAGGAAAUGCAGUCCAUAUUUCACAAUUAGUUUUGUUAUUAAAGGUUGGAACCAAAACCCAUAAAAGAUAUAUUUUGGUAAUGGUCAGAAAGUGUAUUAUAUACAUACUUUUGUAAAUGAUUCAGAGCGUCUAGAAGUGAAUACUAUUUGUUAAAUUUAGAUUAAGAUGAAAAAUGUCUGUCAGAAACUGUUUUGCAGACAAGAUAUUUGUCAGAAAUUUUAAUAUUUAUAUUUGAAGUUGAAAUUUAUGAACUAAUUUUUUAAGAAAUAUCAUUAAAAUGCAGUAUUGAAUAAACUAAUGGGCCACAUUUGUUUGGUUGCAAAAAAAAAUUCAAUGAAGAUACCUUUGAAUGACAAGACCCUUAUAUAGUUUGUUUUUGGUUAUAGCAACAAGUUUCAUAGAUUCCAAAGCAGAAACUUUAACAAUCAGUCCUUGGUCAGUGUCUGGGUUUCUUUAAC